GGUAGACUACCCGCUACGGUAUUCUGCCUACUAAUUUCUAUCAUACCUUUCAGAAACCUCCGAAAUUCGGAGCUUGAGGGUACCCGACCUUGGAAAAUCUCGCUUGUGCCAUUGCGGCUCUUUGUUAGCGCUUUGAUCGGUCGCGCCUUCCCAGCCCGGAAAACCUCUCUUCUUCAUCCUCCUUCCCCCCCAACAAACCGCCCCACUGGUCUCAUAACCAAACCUUUUCCCAAUCAUCCAGACGCUCCUUCCGGGUCAUAUCCCGGCUUUAGUUGUGUGUGCGGAACCUUGCCUACCCACCAAAAUCAUUGCUGCUUCGAGGGCCUUUUUCUCUCCCCGUUAAUACUCACAAUGUCUGACGACGAAUCUGGUUCUUCGCCCAAGGAAACUUAUAUCGCCUACAGGAUCAAGACUGUGGGUGCACACGAUGCCCUAUAGGGUUUAUUUGUUGUUUCCAAUUGACUGAUAUCUGACAUCUUUCCCCCUCACUCCCAUUAGGUCUUUGAGUUUGCCCCGGGAGCUAUUGACCAGUUGACUCGCACCUAUAAGUAUGUCUAAGGUACUCCCUGUACUGAGCCCCUACUAAAGUGAAUUGCAGAGAAAGACAGUCCAGGGAGCUGAUUCCAAUCGACUGCUACUUUGAUUCAAAAUUAAAAGUGAGUAUUAUUAUUAUUCGAACCACCAGUUUCUUUUUUUAAAAAAAUCAAAAAAAAAAUCGUGUUUGUGGGCUGAGCUGAUUGAUUGGCUUUAGCUCUUCGUGCUCUGGGGAGAUCAAGAGGCUUGCUAUAGUGCCUUCAAAACUUUCUUGGGUAUUCUCAGCCUUGCCGCUAUGAAUGCCGUAAUUACAAUUCGGUAUGGGGACAAGGUAGGGGAAAACCUCCCGUGGAUACUAGUGAAAUUGAGAUGGGAAUGUUAAUGGCGAAUCAGAUCGAAGCACCGAUCAAAAGAUCUCCGUUUUCACACGUUAAUCUUGGCGCCGUUCAGUGGACGGAGGAUGUAUCUGAUGAUGAGUCGGACAGUCAUGAUGGGGACGGCGACGACGUUUUACUUUCGCUGGUAUCCCCCUUCCUAUCCACGCUUAUCGCAGGUGGCCAGUCCGCUCAUUGUUUGGUAGGUUUCCGCCAAGAACCCAAGGGCUGGUUCGCUAAAGCCUGUUGCGGAGCACAAGUACACCGAGACUUGGGAUCCAAAGCUAUCUGCGAUUGAUUUUAGCUACGUACUCCACCCUGUGGAUGGGUACGAUUUUAUAGAGCAGAUUUCGAAGGUCACUGGAUGCACCCUUUCUCCCGAUAAAGUUAAUAGAGUGGUCAAAAUAGGCGCGAAGAGCCCUGCAUCGAUAAAGCUUGCUCUAAAGAAACUCUCCAAGGUCCUUGAACGUUAUGUAAGACAGCAUUGUUGCUUUUGUGCGUUCGACAGUGCUGACUAUCCGGGGCAGUGUCGCGGCUUCGAGUCAAUUGAGGUUACCCUCGUCGACCCUGAUGACAGAAAGAAGUUUGAGAUCCGUCUGGUCUCUUUAGAAAAGCAGAGUGAUCUAAACAGAACUACUCUCUAUCCUCAUGGCUCAAAGUGGGCUGAAAUUCCGGCCGACAACAAGUUCCUUAUUCGUAUGGCCGAAUAUUCCCCGGAAGCGGGGAAGUUUCUCAAUUGCAAAAUCGAGCCACAUUCACUCCAGGAGCGGUUCGCGUGUUUGGCAGAUCCGCGACACAGAUGGGGGCACUAUCUUGAAUCGAGGGGAGUAUGGGAUGGAGAUGCCGGUGACUCAUCGGCACCAUCUCCGUUCAUACUGUCCUCGGCACUUAACCACAACGGCGGCUUUCUUAUGGAACCCGAGUCCACCAGCGGUGAUGAUGGGACUCCCACUCUAGACUUGUGUGAUCCUAGGUUUGGUUUUGGUUCACCUUUUGGUGCCCAAUCGCCGCACGAGGUGCGCGCCAAUGCUGCUCCGACGGUCAAGCCGACCACACGCACUGUCAGGGGCAAGACAAGUGCAGAGCAUGAGAAAAGCAUUGGUUCCGUUAUCAGGGGUAAAGACAACCUUCUGGAUGGUGAGAUCAACUUGGAGUCGCCAAUCCUUUCACCUACGCCUGCGCCUACAAGAAACCAGGACCACGUCUUGUCUUUUGAAGGAACCUUCUCGGAGAUACAGAAGCCACCUGCAACUAUUGCCCAGACUACUCGCACUGUGAGAAAGCCACGGGUUAGGAAGACCGAUGCCGUGGCUCCCGAGACUGGGGCAAAAACUCUGCAUCGUACAAUGAACCAGCAGGCCCCUGCGCGUGCUAAAGAGGGCCGUUCCAAUCUUACCGAUGGGGUAGAUGAUAGUAAGAAGUACGCUCUUGAGUGUAUCGUUGUGCGUACCAAGGCUCAUGGCAUUUCUAGGGUGACAAGACAAAAUGUUCAGAAAAUACACAAGAUUUUCAAAUCUUGGUAUGGGCCCACUUUCCUGUCGGUGCACAGUUGCUAAUCUCGUGGUCAGCUUUACGCACGUCCGUGGUUGGAGAGGCCAUGUCAAGUUUGAAGCGAGGUGGGUCUCUUCAAGAGUUUCGGUUCAUGUGGAUUCUGACUUGUCAAAAGUUUGGGACGUAUUGUCCUUACGGGGGUUCCAAAAACCAUAUACAGACGUGGAAUCGAAUGGGGUGAUUGGGAACCAUCCGUGGGAAAGCUUAGGGAGAUUAAAACUUAUUUCACUAGCGUGUGCGCCCGCCUGUUCCUUUUUCUCAAGAGUACUCGAUACUUACCAUUCUGCAGGGUUACCCGUGAAGCUCAUGAUGUCGAGCAUGUCCUUGAUUUGAAGAUUAGCAGGUUUGAGGCCAUGUUUUCGGGGGAUCUUAGAUCGGAGAAGAUCACAUAUGAAUUUCAUUGCGAUGUAGAAAGCAAAAACAGGUACGUGCACCUCGGGGUAGGAAGAAUUCAACUAAUCUUUUGCAGAAUAUUUGUCAUGGAUGCGCAGACAUUUGAUGUGACCUGCUACAAUGACGUCAGUGACUUUGGGACUGUUUACUGGGCCCAUCCGACUAAGUAUUCACGACUUUGGCACCCUGGUAUAUCCUGUUAGGCUGAUUAUGUUGCAGAGCCUGGGAUGCCAGAAUUAGACUUGCGGGCUGUAAGGUUCUUGAUCUCGAAACACCUGGAUUCGCGGAUUUCCUCGCGAGCAUCUCUAUUCGGUACCAUUGCCCCUAUAGCCUAGUAAUAAACCAAAAUCGCUGACACUUUGAUAGUGGCGGAGUGAACCCUCCCGCGGUCAGUUUCGAUGUUAAGGGAACUGGUAUCACUGUUAACAAGGUCCAAUACCGCCACAUGCUCAGGUAUCAAGUGAAUAAGAAAGCCUGUCUCGGCCAUGAGAUCGACAUCGCUGUCACGGAGCUGCAGGAUCUCCAAGUCAAUCGUCGGAGCGGCCCGGGAAGGCGCUAUGAGGCAAUCUCCCUCGGAAAGUAAGCAUACCAGCCAAGAGAAAUCCUACUCAUACUUGUCUAACAACCGAUCAAUCGCUCACAGACCUGCCAUGGCCGCUGAUGAGCGUCUCUCCUACUCAUUUUCCCUUAUCCCGGUUGAGAUUGAGAAGCAUCUGGCAGAGAACUAUAAUCUAGAGGUGGGUGAAGAAGUCACCUGGAACACAGAGGUCCUUGCAGAUAGAAACGGAGACGGGAUCCUGAAGGCCCUUAUUGACGUCGCCAACACUCUAAUCCAGAGGGUUGAUGAUGUCGGGUUUGAUAAUAACAGCGUGCCGUACCAGAGGCCGGCGUAGCGACCCAGGCCCCGGGAGAAACAUCCACUAGCACUGUGCAACCGAAAGGAAAGGGGAGAAGUGUGGUGACGGUGGGUGAAGUGUCUAGCCAUUUCUCAAGUUUCUCUUUCACAUUAAUCUCUUUCGGCUUUUCUUUUGGUGGAAUCUAUUCUCUCCGAGCGUUGGUUGAACGGAUUGCGAUGACGGGACAAUGAAACAUUUACUUUUGUUAGAGUUUAGUGUUGGGCAACAUGAUUUGGCAGCUUCCGGAAUAACUUGGUGGUGUUUUUCGUGGUCGGUUGGCGUGAUGGCGGUUCAUCUUUGGCUAGUUUUACAAGGGUUCAUGAGCAAUAUAUCAUAUCACUUUCAAUAUUG